CUGUGUAUGGAAACUUUAACUUAGGCACACAAGAGAGUUACCAAGCAGAGAUGAGUUUUCCUUUGCUUGCAGCUAGGCCUUGCUUUUGCCAAGGGCACCCUGCGGGUUUGCUGCCCGUUGGGCUGAUUUUGAUUUAAUUGCCCAGAACUGCAUCGUAGGGUGAAAACUUUGCCAUCUGUGACACUGGAAAAUAUUCAGUUUUGUCCUGCUGGAAAUGCUUGAAUGAAAUCUUCACUAGGGCUGGCUCUUGUGUCCUGCAGCUCCAAAGGAAGCUUUGUAUUUUGUCAGUUGUAAAUUCAUAGAGGUGGUGCUCACAGCAGCACUUGGAACUAACUCCUCUGGUCGGGUUUUCUUCAGCCCUGACUUGCGCAUGCUACAGAAUUUUCUACUCAAGAGAAUGAACAUAUUUUCCUACUUAGAGCACUUUAUAUAUAUUCUACUUGGCCUGCUCUGUGCAGGAGUUGAGGUACGUAGUCACUCUGAGCUAUCUGCAGUUGGACAAGGGUAAAAUCAAUGAAUUCAUUUCAGCCCCCACCUAAUCUGAGUUAAUGUGCUGGAAUCCCACUGGUGAAAAGCAAGGGCACUUGGCCAUGGCCAUUCCUUGAUCCUUUAAGAGUUUGAAUCCCUGUUAAGCAUGCUUGUCUUACAACCUGCACUCGCACAGGAUGUAAUCAGUUUUGUUUUCCAUCUGUUAAACAAGAGGCUUCAGAUUAGCCAGUGCAAACAGAAAUAAUUAUUUUUGUUCUUGCUGACAACAGCAAGGUUAACCACCACGUACCUAGCUCGUAGUGUUUUCCACACUCAGCAAUUUUAAACACCUUGCUCUGUGUGUGUUACAUGAUUUGCCUUACAACCGGCAGGGAUUUGGCUUUCAAUAUUGUCCCUUAAUUACAGUAAUUGCCUAAGUGGAGAUCUCAACAUCUCCCAGUGUCGUGCAGCCCGGACAGCAGCAGUGGAGCAGCCCGUCACCGCUCAUCCGCCCACCGAGCCUGGCCACGUCCAGUGCAGAUACGCAAAUGUCACUGGGAUCAAAACUUGGCUUCAUAGGCUUGAAUAAGGAAAAAACAUCACCUACAGAAUCCAAACCAAAACAAUACAGCCUUCGGUUUUCAAGAAAAUAUUUUGAUUUUAUGACGUGGCUCAAAGGGACUGCUGACAAAAUAUAUCUGGUAAUUCCUAAGUGCAGCUGGCAGAACCUACUCGAUACUACGAAAGCAGAGAUGCUUCAGAAAAAUAAUUCUUCUAAAAGUGAGAAUGAAACGCUAAGUAGAUCCCAAAAUUUGACAGACAUCUUGCAGAGUAUAAGCCCAACAAAAAAAGAGGCAAGCCCAACAAAAAAAGAGGCAUUUCCAACAACAGCUAAAAUCAAUUUGGUGACUGCAGUAAAACCAUCUACAGCAAAAGGCGAUUCUCUGCCGUAUGUUCUCUCUCAUGCGGUGACUGCUAGUCCGGUAUCUCAAAUGGAUGUUGAUGCUUCUGAAGAUACUAAAAUUGAGGAAGAGGAUCUUCUAACAGAUUUGAAAGACACACUAAAUAGUUCACCCCCCAUCAUAAAAGAAACUAUGGAGUCAGACGGAGGAGAAGACUAUGGUCCUUACGAAAUGACAUCCAAUUCCAGAUACAACUCAGACCUCCUAGACAUGCCAGAAGAUGAUGAUUCUGACACCAUUAGUAAUUACAAUGAAGAGAUCAAGACCCUCGCUGAGAAGAUAAAGGAUGUUUCUGUCACAGGGUUGGAAGAGGAAGAAGACAGCCAUUUCUUUUUUCAUCUGGUUGUAGUUGCCUUCUUAGUAGCUGUUGUUUACGUCACCUAUCACAAUAAGAGGAAGAUCUUCUUAUUGGUCCAGAGCCGAAGAUGGAGGGAUGGCCUGUGCUCUAGGACGGUAGAAUACCAUCGUUUAGAUCAAAACGUUAACGAAGCAAUGCCUUCCCUGAAAAUAACUAAUGACUACGUAUUUUGAAAGCACUGUGACUUGAGUUUGUUGAACUUCUCACACUUUGCCUGCCUAGUCAUGUAAUGAUAUUCAGGUAUUCUAAAUAUGCUGCUUGUACUGAAAUGAGAUGUAUUCUCUUUGACCUGGAUGUUUUUGAGAUUAAAUCUCAUGGAGGAUCAAGGGCAUGAUACAUCUGUUUGCUACUUUGGUCAGGUUUUAUAUCAACGGUAAAAUGACAGAGUUUAAUAAUCAGUGCUCUUUCCAUUCAUUAAGCAUCAUCUCUUCUGUCUUGAGCAGUCUUAAUAGUGGUAAUACAAAAAAUAAGCAUAAAAUAUUUUAAGUCUAAUAAAUUAAUGACUUUGUCAUCAGUAAAUCAAAUUAAUGAUCUUUCUGCUAAUCACUUAGAUGGCUCAUAAAUCCCACUAUAUUUCAAACUUAAAAUAUAAUUACUUUUUCUUUUCUGUGUAAAUCCUGAUGCUGCAAUCUUUCAUCUUGUUUUUUUUUUUUUUUGGUUCUGUUUUCAUGUUGCAUAAUUCGAUCCUAUUUUAGGCAGAAUAGCUAGCAUGGGAAUUUCAUAAUUCCUCUAUGUGUUCAUGCAGUAAAUAAUUUAAAAAUAAUUAUGUAUAACCCAUUUUAUUUCAGAAGUUAUAUACCAUAUACUUCUUUAAAACUUUAAGAUCUCUGUGAAGAUAUGCAGCUUCUUGACUGUCCUGUUUUUUUUUAUGACUAUUUCAUUAUCUUUUCAUUAAUGAAUGGAAAAUAAGCCUUAUUGAAUAAUCUUACUAAAAUAUAGACAGUUGACAGGCUUUCAAUACAUCAAAGCUUUCUACUGAAUUUUAAGACAGUUGGGAAACAGUUAUGUGGUUUGCUGUAUUAUAAAUGGAAGAGGCCUGAAGAUGUAAGAGUAAUUUAUUUUGUGGUUGUUCUGACCCAGGUAACGGGCAGAUGAAAGUAACGGUGUGUGGGGCUGCCAGUCUGUGGACAGUGCACUCACAUUUCUGACAAACAUUUAAUGCAUUAGUGUAAAUCAAGUUACUGGUACAGUAGGUUUGUUUUUUUUUUUUUACCUUGUCUUUUGUACUUGCAUUAUUUAUGUUUUCAUGAGUUGUAAAAUAUAAAAUCUUAGUUUUCUGUACAUUCUGUUUGUGAUUUAGUUUUCAGACUGCUAAAUAUGUAAAUAACGUUGGAUCAGAAUCCCAUAAUUAAUGACUUGGUAUUCAAGUAGUUGCAUAACAUUUUGAAAAAAAUCAACUUUACAGCUGUUGGCAUGAGGAGUCUGAAGGCAUGAUACUGUCUUAGGAAUGAAGUGCUAAAAGUUCUAAAUCCUACUGUUAAAUGCAUUCUUCUCAUAACCGCAAGAACUAAAGCACAAACAAAACAUCCCCAGACUCUUUUCUUGCAGUAAUUUUUACCAUAUUUGGACUUGUAUCACCUAAUAUUUUGAAUAAGGUUUUUAAAAUAAAUGACAAUAAUAAGCUUGUGUUUUUU